GCAAUUGAAUAUUAAACACUCAAUAUAGCAGCAUCAGUUGUAAAAGCGUCCUCUCACCAUAACACAAAUGACGUGGAAUUCUAUAGGAUAUGUAUUUUUAUUUCUGUUGAGUCAAAGUGCAUUAUCCAAUCAGAACUCGUUUAGUUUUUUUAAUAUAUUAGCGAUUGCAAAAUUCUUUUAAAUGAAUUUUGCAAUUGGAUAAAUGAAUUGUCUUCAUAAAAAUCCUUGUGACGUAAUUAUGAACUAUUUUUUUGCGCGCAUAUUUGAAAAAAUCAAUUGAAUAGGUUAUCUCAGUGCGAAAAAAUAUAGAAAAUAAUUGGAUUCAUAGCAAACAAUAAUAAAAUUCUAAAGUUGAAUAUAACAAGUUAUUUGAUAUAUUAUUGGAAUUUUUAUAAGUCUAGUUAGAAACUAUAAUAAUUUAUUUUUAAAUAUGCAAGUGUUACAUCUUCAUUGACGGGGACUAUAGAAUGUUAUAGAAAAACAAUUCCGUUGUAGUAAGAGUGUAAUAUUUUUGUGUUAUUUUUCGAUAAUUCGAUAAUAUUUUUUGAAAUCAUGGGUAAAAAUACAGGCCAGCGUACUAAAAAUAAUGUAAAACCUUCUAAAAGUAACCGUAGUGCUGAAUUAUUAUAUAAAGCAUCACCUAACUUUGUGGGAACUCUUGGAGAGAAAGAUGGCAGUUGUACCUCUAUUUUGCCUGUUUUACUAACAAAAUCUUUCAAUGAAACAACAAUCAAUGAAAUUGAUCCUUCUUUUCUAUUAGUUUUUAAGAAACUUAACAAGAAAGAUACAACAACAAAAUUUAAAGCUUUGCAAGAAUUUAUUACAUUGUGCAAUGAUUCUCCACUUUCAUCAGUUGAAACUAUUAUUCCAUUCUGGCCCAAAAUUUAUUGUAUGCUAUCGGUAGAUUUCGAGCAUAAAAUACGAGAAGCUGUGCAGCUAGCUCAUGGUGCACUCAUUAAACGAGUUGGGAAAGGUAUAGCUGCUCAUUUGAAACAAUUUGCAGCAUACUGGUUUACUAGUCAAUUCGAUACUUAUCCUCCUGUAGCAUCAGCUGCAACUAAAUCUUUUCAAGAAACUUUUUCUGGGACAAAAUAUACUGAUGCUAUAAUAUAUUGUCAAAAUGAAAUCUUAUCAUAUAUUCGUGAUGAAAUCACUCUUCAUACUUUACCAUUAAGGAAAAAUAAUGAAAUAAAUAAUGGUUCAUCAAAUUUACUUGAAUUGAAACAGCAAAGAAUACUUAUUUGUUGUUUACAAGGUUACUGUUUUUACUUGAAAAAUAUUCCAACAGAACAAUUAAAUAAUACUAUUGAAAUAAAUAAACAAAUCAUAACUAGCCCGAACUUCUGGAAAUUUGCUGAAUGUAAUGUUGCAGUUAUUAAAAUAACUUUUUUCAAUAUUAUAAUGUUGAUAAUAGAAAAUGCCUCAAAUUUACUGACUGAUAAAAAAAUCAUUACUACAGUUGUUAACAAUAUGAACGAAAAUGAUCCAGGAGUUGUUGUAGCAGUUUGGGAAUGUCUUUUUACGAUACUGAAUAAGUAUGAUGAUUGGCAUAAAAUCAUUAAUGUUGAAAAAAUGAUGUUACCUAAAUUAUGGAAUUUAUUGAAAAAUGGUGGUCAUGGUUGUGCUAAUACAAUUUAUCCUGCGCUGUUACCAUUAAUUUAUCAAUUUUAUAAAUUUGAUUUCGACAUGAAAUAUUUUUUCACUAGCUUAUUUAAUAAUAUUCGCCAAAGUUUUGAUAUAAAGGCUGUACAAAACAGUUAUUCAGAAAGAUUAAUAAUAGCAAAAUCAUUUAUUGAAUGUCUACGCUAUGCCCUUAUGAUGAAUUGCAAUGAUGUAGACUUCAACAAACAACUUGUCGAAGAACAAUUAAUGCCAACUAUAGAAUUACAUAUUAAAAUAUAUCCAUCAAAAAAAGCAGAUAUUUUUAAUGAGAUAUCAAGUCUUGUUCGAUAUUGGAGUAAAAAUCGUAAAUCAGAAAAAGGUCAAUGCUAUGAAGAAUUAAUCAAAACAUUUUGGGAUAAACUUGAAUUAAUGUUCGAGAAGUUAAUAAUCAAUACAAAUGAUAAUACUUAUGAAUCAGCAACUAAGGUUCAUGAAAUGGCAAUUGAAUUAUUAUUUUCUUUGCAAAAACCAAAGUUAUUAUCAUCUAAAAAUACAUGUGUGAAAUUUCAAGAUACUAGUGAUUCUAAAGAAAAAUUAACUCAUAUAGAAAAACCAAUCUAUCAUGAUGAUGAUGAUCAGUUUGACAAAGAACUUCAAAGUUUCGUCAAUAAAUUAUGUAUAAAAUAUUUUAAUGAAAUUUAUAAAAAUUCUAUAAACAUCUAUAUUUCGAUAAUGACUCUUAUUAUCUCAAGGUUCGAUAGCGAAUCUCUUUUUAAAGAAAUUGCUAGCUCGUAUGACUACAAAAAUUUAUUAGAAUUUUACAAUAAUAUUAUAUUAAUACAUUUAAUAGAAAAGAGCAAAGGAAGUUCAUCAUCUAUAGAAAUUAUCUUUUCUCUUAUCAAAUAUAUGACGAACGAGGAAAAAAGUACAGUUCUGAAUUCACUCGCUGAACUUAACGAUAGUCAAGUAUUAAUGGAUGUAAUUACUCAAGGAUUGAUGGAUAAAAAUGUACAUAAUAUCGCCAUAAGAAAAUUUUUCAAAUCAAACCGAGCAACAGAAUGUUUUCAUGAAAUCGUCAGAAAAUUUAUUUCUUAUAGUUCAAAUAAAUCUAUUAAAAAUGUACUCAUACAAGCCUUCCAGAUGAUUGAUAAUGACUUUUGCAUCAGUAAAGAAGCCAUUCAAGAUAUAAUAAAUGUAAUCUGCGAUACUUUCAAAACAUCUGAUGAUAUUUCACAGAAUAUAAUUGAAUUUUUUGUUCACAUAUUAAGAAUUACUUGGAAUCACGAACAACUAACUGAUGCAAACCUAGAAAUGUUAAAAAUAUUCAUUCAAGUAAAUAUUACCAAUGCAUACACAGAAGAUUUGAAGAAUUUCUUACGAAAUUGUUGGAUAGAUGAACUGCAAUUUAUCCAUGAGAACUUUUCAAAAGAGAAAAUACUCCAUAUUCAAAAAAGCUGCAUGGAAACAAUUUAUGAAACAAUGUUUUCAGCUGAUCAGUUUAAUGAAGAUGCUGCUGAAAUUGCACAGCAUUUAAUUGAAUAUUCUAGUGGUUGUAAUUAUUAUGAAGCAAUAAAUGCGUUAUGUACAGUAAAUCAUUUUAAAAAUUCAUCCAUAAAAGAGUGGAUAUCCCAAUUUCAAAAUAUUAUUUCUAAUGCAGAAAUUAUUAAAGGAAAUUAUUAUACAAUAAAUCCAACUAAAUCAUUAUCAUUUGAACCACCUUCUAUUAUUUUUACAGCCGUAAAAGUUGAAUUUUUAUCAAAAAAAAUAAUCCAUUGUAAUCAAUGGUCAUUAUUGAACGUAACGCUUUUGAACGAUUUUUUAAAUAAACUUAUUAAUCAUGAUACAACUGAAAAAUUAGAACAAUUUUUACAUAAUAAUUUAUCUGAUAUGUUCGUAGUAUUAAACGACAUAUUAUUAAUUAUGAGUCUUAGCAAAUUAUAUUGUAAACAUUACAAAUUUACUAACAGCUAUAAUUCCAUAAGUGAAAUAUAUAAUCAGUUGGAACAGAAGUACGCUAAAUUGCAAACUUUAAUACCAACGAACACUUGGCACAAUAUUUUUACAACGUAUAUAAAUUUCAAUCAUUGUUGGAGUGAAUUUGGGAGCAUAUUUUUACAAUAUCUACAAUAUUUUAAUGGUUCUUAUUUAUUAGAAAUCAAAUCUAGUGAGAAAAUAAUACUUGAAGCAUAUUUAAAGCAAGAAGAAACAUCAUUAAAUUUUAUAGAUCAUAUAAAUGCAAUAUUAUCAGCAAGAAAUAUUCUAAAUUAUAGUAACAAUCAUGAAGAAAGCCAUUUAUCUAUUGAACUUUUAAAUAGAUUAAUAAAGGCACACAAAAAUGAAGAGUAUUUCUUUAUACUAACGAAGGAUUUAUCAUUAAUAUCAUGGUCUCAAUUAAAUUUGACGUUGGAAGUUAUAAGAUUAUUUACACAAUCCAUUAUAAGUGUACCGACAAAAUUAGACAAUAAAGUUUGGGAUUCAGCUAUGAUAUAUAUAACAUCGUGGUUACGAUCUUCUAAUAAUUAUAAAAAUUUAUGUCAAGACCUCAAACUACAAUGUUUAACUGUAGCUUCAUGCCAGCUUUUCUGUGCAAUUCAAAAUGUAAUGAAUGAAAAAAAAAAGACAAGUACGAAUCAACUCCUUUCUGAAUUAAUCGAUGAAUGGAACAACGUCUUCGUCCACGAUCUUAAACGAGAAAUUAUAAAUAUAUGGAUGUAUUAUGGAAAAAUUUACGAUAAAAAGUGUGACAAUUUAACUUCAUUGUUGAUGUUACAUUACCUUGGCGAUGCUAUUCGAUUAAUUGAUGAAAGCUAUUUCUUGACACUUGACAGCAGUUCUGAAACAUCUGUGGAGACACAAUCAUUAAAAAAUUUAUCUUUAGAAUUAAUGCUAUCACCAAUAACUUGUCAUCAGCUAUCUGCUUAUUAUAUAUUAAAUUUUUCCGUUCCUGCAUUAGUUGAACAAGAUAAAAUCCUGAUUAAAGAAGAAGAACCUGACUACACGAAAUCUCACAUUUAUGAUUUUUUUAAUAUUCUUUCACAAUUUCAAGAAGUCGUUAACCCUAUGCUUGAAAAUUUUAAGCUCUGCGAUUCUGUAAAAUUCAUUAUUCAGCCUUACACAGAUUCAUAUACCUAUGUAUUAGGAUAUUUUUUAACAUGGGUUAAUAUUUUAAAAAUGUGCGAAAUUGCCAAUACUAAUCUUCGUUGUCAGUAUGCAGAAAUUUUAAAAAAUGAAUACUUUUGGUAUCUAAUGAAUAAUAUCUUCAAAAUGAUGCCCACCAAUCUAUUUGAAGAAUCAAACAUUAAAGUUCCAAAUGCACGUCUUAUAAAAUUAUUCCAAUUGCCACCUUCUUUAGAUUUUCACGAUGAUAUGUCAACACAAAAAAUAGAUCAUAUUGUUUGUUGGUUAUAUGUUAUUUGUCUCAGAAAUUUACCUGUAUUAACUCGACAAUGGUGGAGUACAGUUAAUAGUAAAGUAUCUAAUCUUGUAGAGAAAGUUACUACGGUUUACGUCAGUCCUAUAUUAUGUCAAGAAGAACUAUCAGAUAAAAAAUUAUCAGAUUUUGCUAACAUGCAAAUCAAAAUCCAUCGAGCAUCGAGGGAAGUGAUUGCUCUGUAUCAAAUGGAUGAUACACAACUUGAAUUAAAUGUAACAUUACCAAUGAGCUAUCCUUUAGAAGCUGUUUCUGUAAAACCUGGACGACGUGUAAAUAAUGCUAUUAAUUGGAAAAAUUAUCAUAUGCAACUUUCUAUAUUUCUUACCCAUCAGAAUGGUUCCAUUUGGGAAGGUCUAAAAAUGUGGAAAAAGAAUUUAGAUAAAAGAUUUGCUGGAGUCGAAGAGUGUUACAUUUGCUUUAGCAUAUUCCACAUCAAUACAUAUCAAAUUCCUAAAUUGUCUUGCCAUACAUGUCGAAAGAAAUUCCAUGCUCCUUGUUUGUAUAAAUGGUUCAGCACCAGUCAGAAAUCAACAUGUCCCAUAUGCAGGAACAUAUUUUGAAUGUUCCUUAACUAAUUACAAGGUAGAAUAAUUCCGCACAUUUCUUUAACAUACUUGUGACACAUGUAAAAAGCCACCGGUUUGAUAAAUAAACAGAAAAUAUUAACGAUGAAA